UACACAUUUUGAGUUUCAGCAGUACAAUGUUUAAUCAUAAGGUCUAAAAAUGAAAUAUUUCGUUUUACUACUGAUGGUGGCUUUGGUGAAUUCCGUUCACUGUGAGGACGAUUACGUGCCAAAAACCCGAACUGAUGCGUCUGAAACGUUUCGAAAGUGUCUGUCUACUCUCGCAGUAACCAGGGAUGUAUUUAAGGAUACUGAAUGGAGCGUAGAUAGUGACAAUCCUGUGGUGCAAGCAACCAUAAAAUGCGUGGUCAAAGACUUUGGUUUGUUCGAUGAAACUAAAGGUUUCAACCGGGAUCGCAUGGUGAAACAAUUCGGUGGUGAAGCAUUUAGGGUAGGAGUACAGAAAUGCAUCGAUAAAUAUCCAAUUGGCAUACCAACUGUGGACCACUCGGUUCAAAGUGUUAUGAACUGUUUGGAAGAGGACAACUUGAAAAUGUAUGAUAAUAAUACGACAUAAUAUCUGUGAAUGUGUAGACAAUUGUAAACAUUUUGAACAAAUUAUUUCGAAUUGCUGUGAUGUCCUCAAUAGCUCGAUUUGAAUCGAUGAUUGAAAAAAAUUGGCCAAAACGUGACACCUAAUUUUUUAAAUAAAAAUUUUCUUCUUUGUGGGAACUUCCACUAAUUGUAUUGUAUUGUAAUUCUUACUGAAAUCUCAUUCACGAAAACUCGUUCAUAAAUCAACAGUUAUAGAAGCGUAAGUAGCGCUGUCAAACCCCGCUUAAAAUGAAAAAUUAUCUCUACAGAUCUAUUACCUGUGCUAAGUAGUAAAAGCUUUUACAGAUUGUUUUAAAGAAGACAUUCUGUGCGUACAUUCAUCAUUCGGUAACCUUUAACAUAAACACAAUUUCACAAAGUGAACAGGAAAUACAAUUUGCUUACAAUAAAUCACAAACGUAUGUUCUUCAUUAAACUCAAUUCAAUUCUAACAAAUUAUAAAAAAAAUACGCGAUGAACUUGUCGGACCUUUGGAUUAUGAGUCAAUCAACAUAU